GAUGGGGCAGGCUGGUAACCGGGCUGUAACGGGGAUAAGCUGCAGCCUCCGUGUCUCAGGUGUUCUGAUGGAGUGAACCGGGCAGCGAUGCGCCUUCACCUCCUUUCUCUGUCGACCAUGGAGAGGGUUCGUCUCUCACCUCAGUGAAGCCUGGGCCAGGGGUCAGAGGUCAACCACCAAACCUGCACUUCUCCCUCUUCCCCCUGCACCCCCCUUCUCCCACCCCUCCACCUUCCACCAGACCCUCAGCCCCUGUCCCCCUUUACACUGUUUCCCCUCAACAAAAAACACAACUGGAGCUCCACACUUUCGCACAUUCACUUGCACUUGCCUGCCACCCAAUCAGCUUCAGAGGAAAGAAACCCCUAAAAGCGGCGAAAUAACUGCACGCCAGUUCAUGACGAGUCAGCGGUUGACCAGACGCUGCGCUCGAGUGUCCUAAACAGCCUCUCAGAUAACGCCUCUCACACACCCAGGCCUCACGAUGAUGUGCGAGGUGAUGCCCACCAUUUCGGAGGACGGGCGCGGCGGAGGAGGAGGCGGCUCGUCUUCCCCGGCGGGGGCUGGAGGAGGCAUGGGCGGAGGGAUGGGAGCCAUCGGGGGCUACAGCAGCAGGGAGGCCCGAGGAAGCACCGGCAGCGUCGGAGGCAGCGACGAAGGAGGCAGCACGGGGAACCUGGAGUCUCUGAUGGUCAACAUGCUGACGGAGAGGGAGCGGCUGCUGGAGAGCCUGAGGGAGACGCAGGACAGUCUGGGGACGGCACACCUACGCCUGCGAGAGCUGGGACACGAGAAGGAGUCGCUCCAGAGGCAGCUGUCCAUCGCCCUGCCACAGGAAUUUGCCGUGCUGACCAAAGAGCUGAACCUCUGCCGGGAACAGCUGCUGGAGAGAGAGGAGGAGAUCGCCGAGCUGAAGGCGGAGAGGAACAACACACGACUGCUGCUUGAACAUCUGGAGUGCCUGGUGUCCCGUCACGAGCGCAGCCUGAGGAUGACCGUGGUGAAGAGGCAGGCCCAGUCUCCAGCCGGGGUCUCCAGCGAGGUUGAGGUCCUCAAAGCGCUCAAGUCCCUGUUCGAGCACCACAAAGCUCUGGACGAGAAGGUGAGGGAGAGGCUACGGGUGGCUCUGGAGCGAGUGGCGUCCCUGGAGGAGGAGCUGCAGACCUCUUCUCAAGAGGUUGUGUCUUUAAGGGAACAAAUCAAGAGACGGCAGCAAGGACUAGAAGGCAAAGAGCGGCUUCCUAACGGACCUUCCUCCAUCCUAGACGACGGAGAGGUCGACAGGCAGCGGGAGGGCGAGAUCGAGCGGCAGAGGUCGGAGCUGGGGCAGCUGAAGGAGAGACUGGCCCUCAUGUGCAGACAGGUCGGGGAGAUCGAGGAGCAGCUGACGUCCGCCAGGAGGGAGCUGGCCCGAUCGGAGGAGGCCAACCAGAAACUGCAGAGGGACGUGAAGGAGGCGCUCUGUCAAAGGGAAGACAUGGAGGAGAGAAUCACCACAUUAGAACGCAGGUACCUGAGCGCCCAGAGGGAGGCGACGUCUCUCCACGACACAAAAGAUAAACUGGAGAACGAGUUGGCCAGCAAAGACUCUCUCUACAGACAGAGCGAAGAGAAGAACCGGCAACUUCAAGAGCGUCUGGAUGAUGCCAAACAGAAGCUGCAGCAGACUCUGCAGAGGGCCGAGACGCUGCCGGAGAUCGAGGCCCAGCUCGCCCAGAGAGUUGCAGCACUCAACAAGGCGGAGGAGCGUCAUGGUAACUUUGAGGAGCGACUGCGACAGAUGGAGGCGCAACUGGAGGAGAAGAACCAGGAGCUACAGAGGGCGAGGCAGAGGGAGAGGAUGAACGAUGAACACAACAAGCGUCUCUCCGACACCGUGGACAAGCUGCUGUCUGAGUCCAACGAGAGGCUGCAGCUCCAUCUGAAGGAGAGGAUGGCCGCGCUGGAGGAGAAGAACGCCCUGUCUGAGGAGCUCUCUAACAUGAAGAAACUCCAGGACGAUCUCUUGGCGAACAAGGACCAGCUGAUAGCGGAGCUGGAGCGGCUUCAGCUGGAGCUGGAUCAGCUGAGAGCGAGGCCCGGGGGCUCUUAUUCCAGUCGCUCUCUGCCAGGGAGCGCUCUGGAGUUGAGGUAUUCCCACGGGAGUGGCUCGCUGCCAGCAGGCUCGACCACUCACCUCGAUCCCUUCGGUAACGCCUCCGCCGGGGGCGUGGUCAGACGGAGUCACCGGUCCCGCUGGAGCUCCGCCAGAGAGGACUCCACCAAGUACCCAGACUGGGAGACCCCGGCUCUGCUGGGGACCGGGUUCGAGCCGGGCCUGGACGGUGGCUGCUCCGACGAGGAUGACGGCGAGCCGCGGUUCGGAUCCGAGCUGCUGUCCCCGAGCGGACAGACAGACGUGCAGACCCUGGCCAUCAUGCUGCAGGAACAGCUGGAGGCCAUCAACAAGGAGAUCAAGCUGAUCCAGGAGGAGAAGGAGAACACGGAGCUGCGGGCCGAAGAGAUCGAGAGCAGGGUCAGUGUGGCGUUGGACAGUCCGCCCAUCCCGCCGACCUCCCUGGGCAGAGACAGCACAGGACGAGGCUUCAUCCCCUCGUCCAUCACAUCCUCCACCCUGGCCUCCCCCUCUCCCCCCAGCUCCGGCCACUCCACCCCUCGCCUGCCUCACUCCCCGGCCCGUGAGACCGACAGACAGAACAGCAAAGAUGACGACCGGUCCCUCGCUCUUCUGGACUCGACGCCUCCUUCCACUCCUCGUGCGCUGCGGCUGGACCGGAUGGCUCUGACUCAUCCAGGAGCGAUGCUUGACGACCCGCGCGAGUUUCGCAGUCUCUCGGCAGAUGGCAGCAGCUCCAACAGCAGCCAAGAUUCUCUCCACAAGUCCAGUAAGAAGAAAAGCAUCAAGUCUUCCAUCGGUCGGCUUUUUGGGAAGAAGGAGAAAGGAAGGAUGGGCCAGCCCGGGCGGGACGGCUCGGCUUCUCUCGCGUCUACACCCUCUGAAGACCUGGCUUCUGGAGACCCGAUGGGCAUGAACAAGACUGGGACUCUGGGUCCAGCAGAUAAAGACCGCCGCAGCAAGAAGAAGCAUGAGCUAUUGGAGGAAGCAUGUCGCCAAGGACUUCCCUUUGCAUCCUGGGACGGACCAACUGUCGUUUCUUGGUUGGAGCUGUGGGUGGGCAUGCCGGCCUGGUACGUUGCAGCGUGUCGCGCCAACGUGAAGAGCGGCGCCAUCAUGGCCAACCUGUCGGACACAGAGAUCCAGAGGGAGAUCGGCAUCAGUAACCCGCUGCACCGCCUCAAACUGCGGCUGGCCAUCCAGGAGAUGGUGUCCCUCACCAGCCCGUCAGCCCCGGCCAGCACCCGCUCCUCAACCAGUAACGUGUGGAUGACCCACGCAGAGAUGGAGUCCCUGAACGCAGCCACCAAGCCUCCGGAGCUCAAAGAGUUCAGCUGGGAUCAGAUACUGGCCUAUGGUGAUAUGAAUCACGAGUGGGUGGGAAACGACUGGCUGCCCAGCCUGGGCCUGCCACAGUACCGCAGCUACUUCAUGGAGUCCCUGGUGGAUGCCCGCAUGCUGGACCACCUGACCAAGAAGGAGCUGCGAGGACAGCUGAAAAUGGUGGACAGCUUCCACAGGGUCAGCUUGCAUUACGGCAUCAUGUGCCUGAAGCGGCUCAACUACGAUCGCAAGGAGCUGGAGAGGAGGAGAGAGGAGAGCGUCCACCAGAACAAAGAUGUGAUGGUGUGGUCCAACGAGCGCGUGAUGUGCUGGGUGCAGACCAUCGGGCUGAAGGAGUACGGCGACAACCUGCGUGAGAGCGGCGUGCACGGGGCUCUGCUGGCUUUAGACGACACGUUCGACUACACUGACCUGGCCCUGCUGCUGCAGAUCCCCAAUCAGAACACACAGGCCCGACAGCUCCUGGAGCAAGAGUACAACUCCCUCAUCUCCAUGGGAACGGAGAGACGACCUGAUGAGGACGGAUCGAAGACGUUCACCCGCUCGCCCUCCUGGAGGAAGAUGUUUAGGGAGAAAGACCUCCGGGGCGUGACCUCCGACUCCGCCGAGACCCUGCCUGCUAACUUCCGUGCCUCAGCCAUCUCCACGCCCUCCGUUACCCUGAGAAAGGUUCAAAGUGAUGCCAACUCUGGUGCCCGGGGUGAAUCUGCCUCAGUGAGGACGUACUCCUGUUGAGGGGCUGAGGGCGCUGACUGGAUCGGGACUAGAGGACCCUCUCGCUCAUCCACGGAGAAAGAAGCAAUGAAUAUAACCAUUUAUCUUCAAAAUAAAUCUAUCGGUCUGACCAUUCUGCAAUAACAGAAGCAAAGGAAUAAAAGGGGAAAAUGACAUGAAGAAUGUAUGAAUGUAUUUUCCGACCAGACUAAGAAGGUUGAAUGGGAUCAGCUGUUUUCUCUCUCUGUCUCUCUCUUCCUGUCCUCCUGUCUUUGCUCUUCCUCUCGUUGGGGUUAAUGAAGGGCAACACCGGUGUUGGUCUCGCAGGUUUUUUACCCCCCUCUCUUCAUUCCUGUCGGAGUCUGCACACAGUCAGCCGAGUUGGCGCUAUCAGGGCUCAUUUUCCUGUGUUCAGAGGAAACCACGACUUGCUGCCAAACAGCUAAACGUGUUGUCUUGUGAUUUCUGCUCAAUAACCUGUAAACGAGAGCCAGGGCAGAAGUUAAAGUUGGCGUAAAGUUUAGCUUUGACUGGCAGGAUGUUAACAUUGUAAAGUGACUCGGGGACUGGGGUGGGGUGGGUGGGGGGGAGCCAGAUGGACGUAAACCGGUUAAAGCAACACCUGUGUUCUCUUCUCUGCUCGUGGUGUCCAGUGUCGGCCAUUGUGGCUCUAUUGUUGGCUUCUAUGGUCCCAUCAGGGGCGUCUAAGUGUCCCCAAUUGGUCGGAGUGGUGUAGUAAAACACGUCCGAGUUCAGACUGUUGUUUGACUCCGACCACAUCAGAGACAGGGACCCUCCUCGGGCUUUGUCUACUGGCACCUUGAAAGCCGAUAGCUGAGUCAUCUCUAUUGAAGGGACCCCAUUAUGGAGAUCAAAGGCACGGAGGUGGAGGGGACAGGGUGUAGCGGGGGACAUUGUGUUCAUGAUGUCCAUGGCAGGAAGUCCAUAAAGUUAGUGCUGGUACCACUUUCUGAAAAGACAUACUUUAUGAAGGACUUUUAAAGGGGCACUUAGCUGAUUUUUUUCACGUAAGGUUUGGUUUACUUGUCAUGAGGAAAACUACUCAGGGCUCAUUAAUGCUCAAAGUUAGAUACGGAUAAGGACGGAGCCUUCUGUGCGUCUGUAUUUGUGAACGUUUUAUAAAAGCUAGCAAACACGGACGAAACCAAGGAGCUCCACUGGAAAUCGUAAAAAGGAAAUAGUUCAGCGAGACAUGUGCAUAGGACACGAUGAGGACAUUUUUGAGGAGAUAUUGGUGGAAAAAAAUCUUUGUCCAUGUCACAAUGUAUUUAAUAACCUCUGCGUCUACAACAAUACCUCUGCUUUCGCCUCAAGAGGCUCAUUAUUACGACCUCCUCGGCCGUCCGAUGUUCGUUGUCUUCAGGAUCUUGGUGAAGGAUGCACAGAAGGAUGAGGGCAGCGACUGUUACAUCAUUUACGUUGAGGGAGCAUUAAUGAGUUUGUUGUAUAACUUCUUCUGUGGUGCUGGAGGAGAUUUCCAAAAAGACAUGGCCGAGUGGCAUUAUGGGAAAUGUAGGUUUCAGCGUUACUUCUAGGACUACUGCUGUAUUCCGUUUACCUCAGAAAUCUGAAGUUGGAGCCGGGAAUGGCUGAGUGCAACAAGUUGGAAACUAUUAUUUCACCUGGUGGGGGAAGUUGGGUUUUCUCUAGCCAGGUUGGUCAUUGUUAGCAAUACCAGUUUAAAUGGAAUACAACAAAAACUCAGCAUAUCUAGCUUUUUAAUUCUUUGGGAGGACGGCUCAAACUCAUAUGUUACCUUCUGGGGGGAAAAAAGGUUGUUAUUAACCACUUUUAAACCUCAUAUGAACAUUUAUAACUGCAGACUUUGGUGGCUAAGUAUGAGGAACUUCAUGUAAAUAGUCAAAAGUUUUCUGACUUAACAAUGAGAUAUUCCAAAAUGCAGUUUUACUCAUUAGAGAACUGUUCUUCCACCACCAAAAUCUGCCCUGUGUGGAGUUUAAAUUUGAAUAUGUUGUUUAUUAACGGAUUAAAGAGCUAGUUUAAAGGCAUACUCUGCAGGAAUUGUCUCUUACUGUUCAUAAACACUACGUUUAAACUAGAGAGAACAACAAGCUUUGUCCACUUGCCGCACUAUAUUUGCAUUUUUGCAUUUUUUUUUGCAUCUUUUGGGCACUGUGUCCGCUAUUUUUGUAGCUUCCUGCUCAAACAGCGACUCCCAGAAGCGUCUCAAAGACAGCAAAAUGAAAAGAAAAGAGAAAAUCUAUGCAGAGGGACGGGUCUCUACAGAUACAGACACCGCCACACUUCUCGUGGUUGAUUAUGAGGGGAUUAUUUUUUUUAAAAUAAAUCCUGCAUAGUGUACCUUUAAAAGACAAGCCAAGUUAUUCAGGAGGAGGAAAUGCAACAACCAAAUGGUUUUUCUCAACCUUGCAACCCAAAAAGUCCUAUAAAUAAUUGACAAAAAAAAUGGAAAAUGGUUGGGGGUAGUAAAGUAUGUCUCAUUAGAAAGUGGUACAAAAGUGUUUCAUAUGUUGAGGAAUGCAUGGCACUGAGCUCAGACUUUAACUCGCCCUCCACGAUGUCGUCCAUGACUUGUAAUCAUCAGCUCAGGGUCUCGGGUGAAUAAUCCUGGUGAUGGGAGAGGCGGCAGAGAGACGAAACAUCGGCUCACGGGGAGGAGAGGGAAGCAGACUGAGAGGAUGGACAGAAGCCGGUCAUUUUACUGCACACACAAGCCAUAAACAGAAACCAAGAG